AUGCCCACACCAGCAUCUAUCCACCCCGGCCUCAUUACGCGGUCAUUAGCAUCCGCAUUGGCCAGGUCCUCCUCUACUGGCACAAGAUACACUUUCUGUGCCCCAUCGGGAACUGAUUGUCAGAGUUGUCAAAUACGAUUUCCACUGGCAAACAUCUGGCACUCCGACGUCGUUACCCUCCGAGCGAACCGUGACCCUCAUCCCAGAGUAAUUGAAAAGGACAAGAAGCCCUGUCGCACCAGUGAGCAGGUGGCUGCCAAGAAAGACCAAAAAGUUCUGGAGAACAUCAACAAGGCUCAGAAGAAGGAAAACACGAUCAAGAAUGCUGCUCACCUUGAAGAUGCCAUGGAUAAAGAGGACAAGCUCAGGCUCCUUGAAGCCAACCAUCCACCCUUCAAUACGCAAAAGAAGGCUGCCCAGUCCCAGUCUCAGAGACUGACUCAAGCAGUGCCGGAAGACGGUAACAAGCAGAAGGCUGCUCAAGGUCCUGGAGCAUCCACUUCAGAAACGACUCAAAAGAAGCCAAAGAAGGCGAACGACGGCCUCCGCAAUGACUGGAAUGCAAAGUCAACCUCCCACGACGAUGAAUAUUGUCUACUAACAGAAUCUCAACCUUCUCAUUGCCAUUCUGUUUCAGCGGGCUCUGCAAUGUUGACUUCAGGCCUACGCGGUGACGUUCCUCCAAGUUCUGGUGGAGAGGGAUCAGAAGCGGACCAAGUGGGAGUUGUGGGUGAUGAUGCUGUCCAAGUCCUUAGCAAAGAUCGUUCCCACCUUGUUCCCACCACUUCAUUUCCCAGCAGCUUUGUCCCUCCUUCAUCUUCCCGCCAUCAGUUUCUCACAGACGCCUUUGGGAUGCACCUACUUACCAAGCCAACCAUCGAUGACCUGUGGGCGCAAGCAUUUCCGUCGUUUCCUCUUCGAGAGGAGGCUUCCCUGAACCACAUCGUCAGCAAGCUGCCAUUUUACUAUCUUGUCUACGAGGACAAGGAAGAGGGGAGUAGCUCUGGUCCUGUUACCAAGAUCGCGACAGCUCUUCACUCUGAGGACAACAAACCUAUUGGUGCUCUGGUCCUUACCAUACAAGCCGAGAACUCGUAA